AUGGGAUUGACAAUUUCCAAGCUUUUGUCGGGCCUUUUUGGCAACCAGGAGAUGCGUAUCCUUAUGGUGGGACUUGAUGCAGCAGGAAAGACCACCAUAUUGUACAAGUUGAAGUUGGGUGAGAUCGUUACAACGAUUCCUACUAUUGGAUUCAACGUGGAAACCGUCGAGUAUAAAAAUAUCUCGUUUACGGUAUGGGAUGUGGGUGGACAAGAUAAGAUUCGUCCUUUGUGGAGAUACUACUUCCAAAACACCCAGGGUAUCAUUUUCGUGGUGGAUUCCAACGAUCGUGAUCGUGUUGCUGAGGCCAGAGAAGAAUUACAACAAAUGUUGAACGAAGAUGAGUUGAGAGACGCGUUGUUGUUGGUGUUUGCCAACAAGCAGGACUUGCCUAAUGCCAUGAACGCCGCAGAAAUCACGGAAAAGUUGGGAUUGCAUUCGAUUCGUCAACGUCCAUGGUACAUCCAGUCCACCUGUGCUACCUCGGGAGAUGGAUUGUAUGAGGGCUUAGAGUGGUUAUCCACCAACUUGAAGAAGUCAGGUUAA